AAAAAUUUAUAAGUUUUUGAUAGGAUAUAAGCGAAAAUCCACUAAUAAUGUAGAUUCUGAUGUUGGCACAAGUAGUGAGAAUACAAGCCACAAGGAACAGGAAGGAAGAACUCCCAAGACAAGGAAAUACGACUUAUCCUAUUUAUCGUUCGGAUUUAACGAUAAUGUGGAAAAACCAAUGUGUUUGCUGUGUUCAAAAGUUUUAGCUGCUGAUAGUAUGAGACCCGGCAAAUUGAAACGGCACCUUGAAACUAUUCAUUCUGAAUACGUUGGUAAGCCCCAAGAAUUUUUUCAAAGAAAAUUGGAUGAGUUAUCUAAAAACAAGCAAAAUUUCAAAAAAAUUGUUCAUAUUCCAUCAAAUGCAUUACUAGCAUCAUACCUAGUGUCGUACAGAAUCGCGCAAUGUAAAAAACCCCAUACAAUAGCAGAAACCUUAGUUUUACCAGCAGCUAUUGAUAUGGUCAAAACAAUGUUUGGCCAAUCUUAUGCGAAUCAGCUGGGACAAAUACCGCUUGCUGAUAAUACAAUUGGCAGAAGAAUUGAUGAUAUAUCUGAAGAUCCUGGUGACCAAUUAGUUUCUCGAAUGCGUACUUCAAAAUUCGCCAUACAAGUAGAUGAAGCUACUGAUGUAGCUAAAGACGCACAUUUAAUUGCUACUAAUAUAAUUGAAGAUAUCUUAUUUUGCAGACCAAUUCCCGACAGAGCCACAUCCAAUGAAAUUUUUAAAAUAAUAGACAGAUUUUUUAAUGAGAACGACAUAAUGUGGAAUAAUUGCAUUGGGCUCUGUACUGACGGUGCACAAUCAAUGGCGGGACACAAAACUGGUCUUCAAACACUAGUUAAAAUGAAAACACCNAAUGAAAUUUUCAAAAUAAUAGACAGAUUUUUUAAUGAGAACGACAUAAUGUGGAAUAAUUGCAAUGGGCUUUGUACCGACGGUGCACAAUCAAUGGCGGGACACAAAACUGACUGA